AUGAAGAGGAAUGAUGAAAAGGAAAGGAAUCCCUUGAUGAAAAGGAAAGGAAUCCCAAAGAUGCUGCAGUACAUUCCUUUGGUGAAAUAUGACAUUCCGCCCGUAAAGAAAAGAGGGCGAGGAGGAAGGAGCGAGAGAGAGAGGGAGGGGGAAAAUUUAAACCUGCAGGCGACGAACUCUGGGCUUGAACCCUUCCAGGUUUCAGAAUCGAGGGGAUCAGGAAGGGCAGGAGGGGCUGCGCGGAGCCUUUCUCAGGUUUUCGGCUGCCGCAGAGAAGUCUUUGAGGGCCGUCGGUGCUGGGGCCGACCGUGCUCCCGCCCACAAAUAGACACCCACAAGAGGGAGCUGGUCGCAGCCGCCCACCUUCCUAGCCUCGCCGCGAUGGGGGAGGACGGGGUGCAAGCGGAGAAGAGUAGCGCGUACGUGUCCCCCAGCCCCGAUGGGCCUCUGGAUCCCAGCAGCCCCAGCCCGGUGCCCUCGGGCAGCCGCAGCCCCAGCCUGCUGCCGCCAGCGCCGGGCGAGGCCAUUCGGGACAGCUCGCAAGUGAACGCCAUCACGGUGCUGACUCUCCUGGACAAGCUGGUGAACAUGCUGGACUCGGUGCAGGAGAAGCAGCAGAAGAUGGAGCAGCGGCAGAUCGAGCUGGAGGGCUCGGUGAAGGGCAUCCAGAGCGACCUGAGCAAGCUGUGCAAGAACCACACAUCCACCAGCAACACGGUGGCCAAGCUGCUGGAGAAGUCGCGCAAGGUCAGCGCCAACACGCGCGAGGUGCGCGACCGCAUGGACCGCCAGUGCGCCCAGGUGAAGCGCUUGGAGCACAACCACGCGCAGCUGCUGCGCCGCAACCACUUCAAGGUGCUCAUCUUCCAGGAAGAAAAUGAAAUCCCUGCCAGCGUAUUUGUGAAAGAGCCUGUUCCCAGUAUUACCGAUGGGAAGGAAGAGCCUGUUGACGAGAACAAAACCUUGGAAGAAACCCUGCACACGGUGGAGUUGUCCUCAGAGGACGAAGUGCCCCACGAUGACAUAGCAGAUGACAGUAUGGAUGAGAAAAUAGAGGAGUCCAGAGCUGAGAAGAUUAAGAGAUCAAGCCUGAAGAAGGUUGACAGCCUGAAGAAAGCAUUUUCCCGUCAAAAUAUUGAAAAGAAGAUGAACAAGUUCAGCACCAAGAUUGUCUCACCUGAGCGGAGAGAGAAAAUCAAGAAAUCUUUCACCCCUAACCAUCAGAAAUCCUCCUCAUCAAAAAGCUCAUCUUUCAAGGUCUCUCCCCUGACGUUCAAUGUGAAGAAAGUCCGUGAUGGAGACGCAUCCAUAGAAAUAGAAGACAAGCCAGUGGAAGCGACUGGCAGUGAGCACGCAGCCAGUGAUGAGACCACCUUCCCUUCAGAUCCAGUCUCUUCUGUUUCUCCAGCUGAAGAAGGAAAAGCCUUUGCUGACUCCUUGGAAAAGGAGUCGGGAAGUGAGGGAGAUGUGGUGAUCAACAACAACAUUGAGCUUGCAAUUGUUGAAGAAGAUGAGGACUAUAGGGCUUCAUUAGAAAUCAGAGAGGAACUUUAUGAGGAAAGAAACAAGCCAACCAGUGGGGAAAUGGAAUAUUCUGAAGAAUCCAAUCAAGCGGCUGUCCUCCACGUAGACCAAACAGCAUAAAUUGCCUCUGUCCUUUCUACCUAUGAUGUUUUUAAUUACAUCAGGCACCAGAAUAUGUCUGCUAUACUAUAAAUACAGGGCUCUAGUAGUAAGUCACAGUGGAGUUGUUGGUUUUAAGAGAUAGAUUUCCUUACAAAACUAUUUUCACUCAAUUAGAGUUGACUCCCAUAGAGAAAAGUAGGGCCUGAUCUCCAGGUAAUGUAAAGGCAGAUCUACUGGCAUUUUAUGAGCAGCUCUAACCUCUUUCUAUCACCUCUUCAAUGCUCUUCCUACUUUCUUACAUUUCUUUACCUAGGAUGUGUUUAAAAGAAGUGUUCAAGAACAUUAGGCCAUUUGACAAAAGGCAUACCUACCCAUUUCAUAUUCAUUUAACGUUUACCUAAAAGACUCUUUUAAAUCGUAGUUAAGAACACGAACAGUGCCCUGCUGGAUCAGACUCCUGGCCCUUCCUUUUUUUUUUUUUUUUUUGAAGCCAGCCAAGCUGGUAGCCAGCACCACAUCUCAUGGUGUUCCAAAAUUUAAUUACAGAUUGUGUAAAAAACAAAAAAGUCUUUUCUCAGUCCUGAUUCUCCCAGGAUAAUUAAUUUCAUCGGUAUCCCCUGGUUUUAGUAUUUUGGGAAAGGGAAAGUAGCUUUUCUUGUCCACUUUAUCCACACCGCCCAUAAUUUUGUAGUUAAGGAGUUAUUGAGGAUUUGCAAAGUUCCAUGACCCUCAUCGUCACCACAAUUUAGAAACAUCAGUCUCAGAGUUCUCAGUGGAGAAGCCAUGGCUAUUAAACCCUUUUGAAUCAAUGGUGCAAUAUGAUCUUAUUUUUUCAAACCCAGGUCCCAUGUUUUCUUCAAGCUAGACUGUGAGCCUGCAUUGAAAAGACAGUUCCCUGCAUUCGGCUUUUUGCUCAUUAUCCUUGAGAAACAGCCUCUUUUGGAGGGAACUGUGGACACCUUUGCUGUGUCCUCUUUGCCUGUUAACUCUUCUCCUACUAACUGUUUUUUAAGCUACAACCCAAGUUCUAAGCUAGGCUGUUUCCCAUCUAUGUCGUAUUAUUAAGCCAGUUCAACCUAUGCUCCUAACCUAUGGAACCCUUAAGGUUUGUAAUUUUUAUUCUUGACUUGCUGUGACUAUCCCAGAGUGAUGUAUGGGUGAACUUCACGUGACAAGAGCAGAUACUGAAAAUGCUAGAGUGAAUUACUGAAAAGUAGAGCUUUUGCCAAUAUACUUACACAAAUUCUUAUCAUUUGCAGAUGCACCAGAAAAAAAUACUUUUAGCACACAAAAUUGAUUUGAGAAACAGGAUUACUGUGAGGAGGCUGCAUCUCAACAAAAAUACAAGAAUGGGAUUUUUGCGUCCUUACAGCUGUUCAGUCACUCGGCUAAUUAAUAACUGUUGAUACAGAACAAUUAGGCAGUUGAGUGUUCUGCCUAAUAGUGUCAGUAUGAACAUACUUGGUUUUAUUGACCUUGAGAAUACUCCUUUAUCCACCUCAGUUCUUGGCAGGAUGAGGUUUAGAUUUGUUUUGUCCUUUCGAAUAAAAAGAAAUCAAGUACUUCUGGAACUGCGGUGCAGUCUUAUAGCACAUUUGUACUGAAGUCAAUCCCACUGAGUCUCUUGGGACCUACUCUCAGAUGAGUACAUGUAGGGUUGCAGCUGUAGUGUAUUAAUGAAGUAGAAGUAGUAAUCAAAGGUAAUAUAUGUUAAGAGCUAUUUUAGAUGAAGAUUUUUUCCAUGUGUACCUUCCCAUAAUGGAAAAUGAUGUCUUGGCAUAGUUUUCCAUAGUCGGUGGAGUGAUAAGAUGCAUGCCUAGACAUCAAACUAUGAGAUCAGUAGAAUUCGUAUCUUGUCUUAGUGGCUGAAUUGAAGAUAAUGUGGUGUAGUUAGGGAGUAUCUGUGCACUGCAGAAACUGAUGGUCUGCGAGUCUCAUCAGACCCAGCCGGAAUGGUCAGUAAUCAGGGUUGGUGGGAGAACAUCUUCAUGUUCUCCCUAACUGAUGUAAGUAAAGUAUGUUGAGGAACACAUAAAGGCAAAUAAGACCUCUUUCUUCCAUAUCUAAAUUCCAUCAUAAUGUUCAAAAUGAGGAGAGGAUACUAUCCUUUUCUGUUGAGAAAGUCACAUAUCCUAUUUUGUUCAUGUGCCAAGACUGGCAUGCCUCCUGAAGCAAAGUUGCAAACAGCAUUCCUCCUCCCACACAUAUACCACAUGCCCCAGGUCAGGAUGCACCAUAUCCAAAGUCAGCAAAGGUAUUCUGACGUAUAGGCAAAAGAUUCCCUCAAGUAGAUCUCCACAUCCUUGGCAAAUUACUUCCCUUUUGUGAUAGCCCAGAUUUGCUUUCUGAGGCAGCCAUGCUGUCUGCUGAAAGACCAGGCUGUUCCUGUGGGGCACCUUGUUGCCUCAGAACUAUUAUGGAAGGCAACAUCGGUGAUGGGUGGGGUAGCUGAUCAAGCAGACUUAAAAUGGAAUGUCUAUAUAGCUGCUCUAGGAUAGCUUGCUUUCUUCUAUUUCACGUAGGCUUAAGUUGAUAAUUAAUGUAUAUAGACAUAUAUGUUUUAUGUUAGGUUUAUUUUAAGAGAGAAUACAUUUAAAAAAAUAAAGAAAAGUAUUAUUUGCUUAAUAAAAACAACUAUGUUUAAAUGGCCAAAGGGAGCAAUAGGGAUAUAUAUUGUAAUCUAAGUAGUUCAUAGAAAUAGAUUAUCACACAGAGUGGUAUAUGCACCAAACUACUGUAUUUAAGAAUGUAGGGUGACAGAUGGCUUGGCAUAUUGCAAGAUGAUCAAAUGAAAGUUCAAAGUAUAUAUAACAAAACAGGAGCGAGGCUAGGAUAGUAAGAUACAGACAGUACUUAAGUAACCCAAAUGUGUUGUCCAGGGAAGACAUAUUUUCAUUCUGUGCCUGCCCAACAUUACAGAGGAGACUGUUUUGAAAAGUAUAUCCAUGGAUUAUUUGUGAGCAUAUAUUACAAAAGAAGGGCACAGUUUACCAUCAGCAAUACAGACCUUAGCUUCCUUGUUUGCUAUGGGCAUUUAAGUGUGUAUAGCCAAACUGACCAGUGCCCAAAUGUGGAAUAUAUAGAUAACUCUUGAUUAAAGAGUUUUAAUUGAUUAAAACUUGUUGUUUUAAUCAAUUAUUGUAAACCGCCCAGAGUCCCCCAAUGGGAGGAGAUGGGUGGGGACAAAUUAAAUAAAUAAAUAAAUAAAAAUAAACUCUUUACACACCUAGAAAAUGUCCAACAGUAUGAAAUAAUCCUACUGAAUGUUGACAGUGCCCAUCAGAUUAUAAACCAGUGAAUUUUAAUAGUGUCUCUCUUUUUUUUUUUUAACAUUUACCAGCUGCACAUCACCUGGUCAUUUCUGUGUGGUUUGAAUGUUCCCUGUAAUGUGUAGGAUUUGUGCUUGGACAGAAAUACGAGAACAGUUUUGAAAGUGGAGCAAAUUACUCCAUUUUCAGCUAGUGAUGUUGGACAAUUUGAUGCUUGAUUUUUGUUUGAGGAUUUUAAGAAUAUUGACUUGAGUGAUAAAGGGCAAUGAAUAUGAUUCACAAUGAAUUUCUUCUGUGUAAGACAAAUACCAAUUCUGCUUGUGGGCAGUUCUGUUUCAUUUCAGGAGGGUUUUGUACGUGAAAAUUUCCCGCUGGACAGGAUGGGGACAUUGCUUCAAUCAUCUUUGGCAUCCUGUAGUACGUAGUAGACUUCACAGUGAUAUAGCAGCUGGAUUUUCUGCAUACGUAAGGCAUUGUGACCAAACUAUUCAGAAAUGAAAGUGCAUUCCUAUAGCUUAUAUUCAUUCUAUUUGAAUUCUUCAUUCCUCUUAAUCAGAGAUAUAAUCCAGCAAUAUAUCUAAGUGCCUGACAAUCAUUUAUAUAUAUAUAAAAGGGGAAUAUAUAUAUAUAUAUAUACCCCUUUUAAUAUUGAUACACUUAACUUUUGCAUAAAUUGCACUAGAACUUUGUGGUUUUUUCCCCCCAACUAUAUUUAAAGCUGCAAAUAAAAAAAAAGUUUUUUAAAGAAAAUAUAUCUAUGUCCGUGAGCUAUUUCAGGUGGAAUAUCUUACGCAAUCAUUUAAUGUGUCUGUGGAUGUUGAUCAGAGUUGAUUUCCAAGAAGGAUUUUUUGGACAGUUAAACUUUUUUUUAAAUAAAUACAAUAUUAUGAGAGAGUUGCAAUCAGUAGAAAUAACUGCAAUAUAAUCACACAUUUGCCUUCAUUUGAUUUAACAUCAGUGCCUGUUACUAACUACAGAUGUGAUCAGCUAAAUAAAAAGCAAAUUGAGUUACA